UUUCCACACACAUUACAUCCAUCUUGUGAUUCUCUUAGCCCUUCAAGAGAGAAAACACAUUUCGAAAUCAAAUUUUUCUCUUUCUUUCUAUAGAGGCCAUUCACCAUGGAGCCUCCAACUUCCACCAAACCUCACGACACCACAAAACCUUCUACCCUAAGUGUGGAGGUCAGCCAGGCUAAGCCGAGCCCACUCCGAAAAAUGUUUGCCGUGGCAUCUAUAGCCGCCGGCAUACAAUUUGGGUGGGCUCUGCAGCUCUCCUUGCUGACCCCCUACUCACAACUCCUAGGAGUACCACACAUGUGGUCUUCCUUCAUCUGGUUGUGCGGUCCUAUCUCUGGUCUGGUCGUGCAACCCAUUGUGGGUUACUAUAGCGAUCGUAGCACCUCACGCUUCGGUCGUCGUCGUCCCUUCAUCUUAGCAGGCUCUCUAGCCGUCGCCAUAGCGGUGUUCUUAAUCGGCUAUGCAGCCGAUAUAGGACACGCAGCUGGCGACGACUUGAAGAAAAAAACCCGCCCAAGAGCCGUUGCCAUUUUUGUCAUCGGUUUCUGGAUCCUUGACGUGGCUAACAACAUGCUACAAGGACCCUGCCGUGCCUUUCUGGGCGAUCUCGCUGCCGGCGACCAUAAAAAAACGAGAGUCGCCAACGGGUUCUUCUCGUUUUUCAUGGCCGUCGGCAACGUGUUGGGAUACGCGGCAGGGUCCUUGAAGGGUCUGCAUAAGAUCUUCCCAUUCACGGAAACGAAAGCGUGUGACGUGUUCUGCGCUAAUCUGAAAAGCUGUUUCUUCUUCUCCAUCUUGUUGCUGCUCGUGUUGGCGACAGCGGCGCUUAUUUACGUGACGGACGAGGCGGUGGCGGCACGUGAGGUGGAGGAGGGGGAGGUGCAACCCUCGUGCUUCUCUCAGCUAUUCGGUGCGUUGAAGGAGUUGAAGAAACCCAUGUGGAUGCUCAUGUUGGUCACAGCGGUCAACUGGGUGGGGUGGUUUCCCUACUUUUUGUUCGACACCGAUUGGAUGGGGCGUGAGGUCUACGGUGGGAACGCAGGAGAGGAAGCUUACGCUGCGGGUGUACGAGUGGGGUCGCUGGGGCUCAUGAUAAACGCCGUCGUUUUGGGGUUCAUGUCGCUGGCGGUGGAGCCUUUGGGCCGCAUGGUGGGAGGAGUGAAGAGGCUCUGGGGGAUCGUAAACUUUAUACUCGCGAUUGGGUUCGGAAUGACGGUGGUUAUCACCAAGGUGGCGGAGCACCAGCGGCGGUUGAACCCCGCCGCCGUCGGACACCCCUCCGACGCCGUCAAAGUUAGCUCCUUGGUCUUCUUCGGGGUUCUCGGAAUCCCUCUCGCGAUUACUUUCAGUGUUCCUUUUGCUCUAGCAUCAAUAUACUCCAGCUCUUCUGGGGCAGGCCAAGGUUUAUCUUUGGGAGUCCUCAAUCUUGCAAUUGUUGUGCCCCAGAUGGUGGUGGCUGCAUUAAAUGGUCCAUGGGAUUCCUUGUUUGGUGGUGGCAACUUGCCGGCUUUCAUGGUGGGUGCGGUGGCGGCGGCGCUGAGUGCCAUAAUGGCGAUUGUCUUGCUGCCAACUCCAAAGCCAGCUGAAGAGGCCAAGGCUGCAAGCAUGGCCACAGGGGGCUUUCACUAGUUAAUGGGUUUUGUUUUGUAUGUUUCAGUUUUGUCCCCAAAAGAAAAAUUAAAAAAAAAAAAAAAGAAUAAAAAAAUGGAUAAAAA